AGCAAGCACGCACGCACCUUUUGACUAAAACGUCUUCUUUCUUUCACAAACAAUACCCUCUAUCUAAACCGGAAGGAAUCCACCUCCUCCGGCAUCACCAUCUCUUCAUCUAUUUUCCAGUUCAUCAUCAAUCAGUUCCAACCGUAUAAACUUUUCAUUUUAUUCCAUCGACCGUUGACUUUUCUUCAUCAUGACGAUCCCAACACUUCAACAGCCAUUAUUACCCCCAGAGGCUCCCCCGUUACCGGAAAACGAUAGUAUCCGGCAGGGAGAUGCCGGUGCAGCCUUCGUGCUCGAAUCAAAAGGUGAAUGGUAUCAUGCUGGAUUUCACCUGACUACGGCCAUAGUGGGACCCACUAUACUGACGCUACCGUACGCGUUCAGGGGGCUCGGAUGGGGUCUUGGAUUCUUUUCGCUCACUGUCAUGGGGGUGGUCACGUUUUACUCUUAUUAUCUCAUGUCGCUUGUUCUUGAGCACUGCGAGAAAGCUGGUAGACGCCACAUCCGUUUCAGGGAACUCGCCUCUGAUGUAUUGGGGUCUGGUUGGAUGUACUAUUUUGUAAUUUUUAUUCAAACAGCCAUUAAUACUGGCAUAAGCAUAGGAGCAAUAUUGCUUGCAGGGGAAUGCCUUCAGAUAAUGUAUUCGAGUAUUUCUCCUGACGGCCCCCUUCAUCUAUGGCAAUUCAUAGCAAUGGUGACGGUGGUGAUGAUGGUUCUCUCUCAGUUACCAACGUUUCAUUCUCUUAGACACGUUAACUUAGCUUCACUCUUCUUGAGCUUAGCCUACACAUUCAUUGUGGUCGGCGCUUGCAUCCAUGCAGGGCUAUCGAAGGACGCACCUGCAAGAGAUUAUUCAUUAGAAUCAUCAAAGUUUUCAAUGGUUAUGAGCGCCUUCACUUCUAUCUCUAUAAUCGCUGCCAUAUUCGGAAACGGGAUUGUCCCCGAGAUACAAGCCACAUUGGCUCCGCCAGUAACGGGGAAGAUGUUUAAAGGGCUUAUGAUGUGUUACUCAGUGAUUUUUGUUACGUUCUACUCCGCUGCAGUCUCGGGUUACUAUGUGUUUGGCAAUAAAGCUAGCUCAAACAUUCUUAAAAGUCUCAUGCCAGAUGAGGGACCCGCGUUAGCCCCGACUUGGCUUCUGGGGCUCGGUGUUAUAUUUGUUCUACUUCAACUCUUUGCCAUUGGCCUGGUUUAUUCUCAAGUAGCUUACGAGAUCAUGGAAACGAAAUCCGCAGAUGUGAAUCAAGGGAUGUUCUCAAAACGGAACCUAAUUCCGAGAAUAAUUCUGCGGUCACUGUACAUGAUAUUUUGUGGGUUUUUUGCGGCGAUGCUGCCAUUUUUCGGGGACAUUAAUGGGGUGGUAGGAGCGUUGGGUUUCAUUCCACUGGAUUUCAUUCUGCCUAUGCUGUUAUACAACAUGACUUAUAAGCCGUCGAGAUCUUCGUUCACUUACUGGAUCAAUAUUAUUAUUAUGGUGGUGUUUACAUGUGUUGGGCUGUUGGGUUCGUUUUCUUCUGUAAGAAAGUUGGUUCUUGAUGCGAGUAAGUUCAAACUGUUUAGUGAUGAUGUGGUUGAUUGAAUGAAGACAAAGGUAGAUAGAUAUCUGCAUGCUGUACAACUCUCAGUGUAGGAAGUUUAUAGUAUCUAUCCUAUUAUAUUAAAGUGAUAAUUAUAAAAAUGAUCAAACACUCUUUAUUAUAAAAAUGCUUCAAGUCUA